AUGCUGACGGGAGAGAGCCCUUGGGCGCAGGGCAGAGCAGUUCUCUCCCUACUGCGGGAGGACACGCUCGACCGCUACGUCCCGUCCCGGAGGCCUCACACCCAGAGGCCACGGCCGGGCGGGAGGCAUGGAGCACCGCGUGGGCGUGAAAACCUGGGUGGAGGAGAACCGGGCCUCCUUCCAGCCCCCAGUCUGCAACAAGCUCAUGCACCAGGAGCAGCUCAAAAUCAUGUUCGUUGGUGGCCCCAACAUCAGGAAGGACUAUCACAUCGAGGAGGGUGAGGAGGUGUUUUACCAACUGGAGGGGGACAUGGUUCUCCGUAUCCUGGAGCAAGGGAAGCACCGGGAUGUGGUCAUUCGGCAGGGGGAGAUAUUCCUGCUGCCCGCUAGGGUGCCUCACUCCCCGCAGAGGUUUGCCAACACCAUGGGGCUGGUGAUUGAGCGGAGGCGGCUGGAGACAGAGCAGGAUGGGCUCAGGUACUUUGUGGGGGACACUGUGGACAUCCUGUAUGAGAAGUGGUUCUACUGCAAGGACCUUGGCACGCAGUUGGCCCCCAUCAUCCAAGAGUUCUUCCACUCAGAGCAGUACAGGACAGGAAAGCCCAUCCCUGACCAGCUUCUCAAGGAGCCGCCGUUCCCGCUGAGCACACGCUCUGUCAUGAAGCCCAUGUCCCUGGAGGCCUGGCUGGAUGGUCACCGCAGGGAGCUGCAGGCGGGCACCUCCCUCAGCCUGUUUGGGGACACCUAUGAGACUCAGGUAAUCGCGCAUGGACAAGGCAGCAGCAAGGGUCCAGGAGAGGACGUGGAUGUGUGGCUGUGGCAGUUGGAAGGUUCCUCAGUGGUGACAAUGCGGGGACAGCACCUGGGCCUGGCCCCUGAUGACAGCUUCCUGGUGCCAGCUGGGACCUCGUACAUGUGGGAGCGAGCACAAGGCUCUGUGGCCCUGUCUGUGACCCAGGAUCCUGCCCGCAAGGAGCUGCUGGGGUGAUGUUCUUGCUGUGGGUCCAAAGCAGCCAGGGUGUGCCUUGGUGCCAUCGCGAGUGCCAUCUGCCAAACAACUCUCCUGGCCUCCACUGUUGCUUGCAUAUGGCUGCUUAGCACCACAGUGCACCCCUGCCAGGCCCUGACAUCACGUCAUGCACCCUCCUGCCACUGUCAGCUAGGGAUGCCAGCUCCUGGGGUAUUAGUGGCUUCCCUUUCUCUUAAAAGCCAUCAGCCCCGCAGUGAUGCCCCAUCCCUCUGUCCCCACAGUCCACGUGCCUGCCACCAGGAAGAGCCUCAAUAAGGGCUCCUGGUGAGGUAGGAGCAUUGCAAGUUCAAUGUCAGCCUGGUCAAUUUAGCAAGAUCCUGUCUAAAAAUGAAAAAGAAUGGGGCAGGGGCUGCCGCUCAGUGCAGAGGCCCUGGGUUCAAUCUCCAGCAUCACAAAAGAAUCACAAUAAAAUAAAUGAUAAAGGCCCCUGGUGAAUGAUGGCCAGUGGGUCAGCACACAUGAA